UCCGGGUGUUAAAAAAGUGCGCAAAAAUUUGUGUUUCAGGCGCCAGAAACACUCGAUUUUGGAUAAUUUGACGCUUCUAAAGCGAUUAAAAGUGUUUUCAAGACGUUUUGUAAAGUUUUAAGUGCAUUAAAGUGGGUGUUUAUAUCCCCAUACAAUUUGUAUGGGGAACUUUGAACGUUUAUAUCGGAGUGAAAAACGCUUGGAUCUGUGCCGGAUGUGUUUUGGAAGGUGCGCGCAGUGACGUUUAAAGUUAAUAGUGGAAAAACAGAACGAAAAUCGGUUGGAAAACGUGGAAAAAAAGUGAAAUAAAGUGUAGAACAAAGUGGGUUUGACAGGUGACACCCCUGUAACAAAAAUUUUGUGACAGGCGCUACCCCUGUAACAAAAUUUGAAUUACUCGACCAAGUGACGGUUGGUCGCACGGGCGAAGUGGUCAAAUAUUCGUGAAAGUGUCAGUGAUGGUAGAGGGUUAAUCGACGAACACGGGAAAAUUAUUUUCCCUCCCCUCCCCUUCUCGCGUGCCAUCCCCCAGGGAUCGAAAUAAAGUAGGGCGCCCGAUAAGGGUCGAUUAAAGUCGAGGUCGCCCGAAAAUUCCCAUAUUUUGCAGGGUGAUAGAGUUCGACCCCGCGAGCACGGGAAAAUUAUUUUCCCCUCUCCCACCCUCCCCCCCUCCCGGAAAAAAUUCCCAAAAAAGCAAAACUAGGGUCCAAAAAGUGGGUAGUGCCGUUCGGACGGUAAACGUGCCGGGAAAAUUCGGGACUGGUGCGGACCCAUUCCCCACGUGAGUCACGCACCUCCUCGUAUCGUUUCCCACACAACACCGCCCCCCCCCCCGCCCACCAAGGGGGUUGCAAUUAGGACCUUAGUGGGAAAACUGGCGUGGACGCAGGAUCUUACAGCAGCGAGCGAGCGGCAUAGCGUCAGCUUGGUGGCGCAGCAUUUCUAAGGUCAUCCCGAUUCCCCUGGGUCACUCGACCCCCCUGGGUCAUCCGACCCCCGGGGUCAUUUCGACCCCCAGGGUUAUUUCGACCCCGAGAUUAACCUGGAAAAGCAGUUGUGAGCAAUAACAAGGCAGGGGAUGAGUGACGAGGUUCAACCCCAGCAAGUGAGUGCGCCGUACCAGCUGCGGCCCAGGAAAGUGUCGGUGGUUGUGAUGCAGCCACAACCCAUCGAGCGCCCGGCCACACCGAUGAUGGAUGUGUGCUAUUCAAGCGACGACGACGAGCUGAAUAGCACCAUCAUCGCGAUGCCGGAACCCGCGUCGGAGUGUGAGGCAGCGGAGGCGGCCAUGGACUUGGAGCCACCAGCAGCAGCACAGCCAACACCAACGGGAUCCCCUGUCCCGGGCAACGUGGUAGCUGCUGGGCCCAUCGACGCGGGAAGUUGUGCCCUGCUGAUGGCACAGCUUCAAAGCAUCGGCGCCCAGCUAACGACGGCGCUGGAGGAGCUGCGACUUUGCCGCGAGGAAAACGCGGCACUUCGUUGCGAGAACGAGCUGCUGCUCACGGGCUCUCGUUCGGUGCUUGAGCUGCAGACUGCAGCGAACGCAAGCCUCCAGCAGUCGUCGGGGCAAGGCGGUAACCGGGAGACUGCCCGGAAGCGCCAGCAGCGGCUGAGGCGACGAGAGCGUGAACGGCAGCAGCAGCAGCAGCAACAGCAGCAGCAGCAGCAGCAGCAGCAGCCGCAGCAGCAGCAGCAGCAGCAGCAGCAGCAGCAGCAGCAGCAGCAGCAGCAGCAGCAGCAAAGUUUGCCUCGACACGAACAGAGGCAGCAGCAGCUUCCUCCACGAUUGCAGCAGCAACAGCAGCAACAGCAGCAGCCGCAGCAACAACAGCAGCAGCAGCCGCAGCAGCAGCUUUGGACAACGGUGGUAAGAGGCCGCCCGUCCCAGCGGCAACGUGAACCGCAGCAGCAGCAGCAGCAGCAGCAACCGCAGCAGCAGCAAGGUGAGCGCUAUGUUCCACCACAGCUCCGGCAGCAGCGACAGCAGCAGCAGCACCCACAGCAGCAGCAGCACCUGCAGCAGCAGCAGCAGCAGCAACAACAGCGUUCGCAGCAACAGCGACCGCAGCAACAGCGUCAACAGCAGCAGCGAUCACAGCAGCGAAAGCCGGCCAAGCCCGAGCUUAUCGAGGUAUCACCCAACGAAGGUCAGGAUUGGGAGAGCCUUCUGCUGCUUGUGCAAACGGCAGUCAGGACUGACGAGCGGUACAAGCCGCUUAAGGACCACGUCGUCCUGGGCCGCCGCACCAGUAAGGCGUUGCUGCGUCUCACGCUCAGCCGCAAGGCGAAUGCGCAGUACAUGCUGCAGCAGGUUCGUGCCAUCGUGGGCAGUGCUGGAGUGUGUCAGCAUGUCACAGAAAUGGCGUCAGUGGUCAUUCAUGACGUCGACCCGCUAGCCCGAGAAGACGAACUCACUUCGCUGCUUGACAGCAAGUUCGAGUUGGGAGCGGGAAUUGUGUCCACAACGAUGAAUAAGAUGGCCGACGGCACCCAACGUGCGUAUGUGCGACUGCCGGUGAAGUUUGCGAAGGAACUCGACGGCACUAAGAUUAAGCUGGGCUUUUGCGUCAGCAAAAUCAGAGCCACGCCACCGACCCCUCGAGAGCGUGUGCGCUGCUAUCGCUGCCUCGAGCUGGGUCAUUGGGCCCAUGACUGCCGCUCACCCGACUACCGGCAGAACAUGUGCAUACGCUGCAGCGUCGUGGGGCACAUGGCAAAGGUAUGCACUUCUCAGCCAAAGUGCCUCAAGUGCGGUGGUCCACACACAAUUGGACACCCCGACUGCGCCCGGUCGGCCGUGCAAUGAUCC